UCCGGUGUCAUGGCGCUAAAGUGCUUGUCCCUAGCACAUUGUUGGAAGAACCCUAGCUUUAUGGGCCGUCCCUAGCACAUUGCUAGAAAGACCCUAGCUUUUUGGGCUGCUUUCUGUGAUUUCUACAAGCUACAGCCUGUAUAGGAAAGACCCUAGGAGACCCUCAAGCUGCGCAAUGGCAGCCAGGCUUGAUUGGAGAGAGACAAAAAGAUGGAGAUAUCUCAUUCCAUGCAGAGUGAAUGCAAUCAGCAGGAAUCCACAUAGGACAUGUUGGUGAUGAAAAGAAGCUUAACCUCAUCCCCAGGAGUCAGUGACCUUUGAGGAUGUGGCUGUGAACUUCACCUCUGAGGAAUGGACUUUGCUAAGUCCAUCCCAAAAGAAGCUCUACAGAGAUGUGAUGGGGGAAACCUUUAGGCACAUGGUGACUACAGGAAGACUCUUGGUUAACCAGAAAGUGGAAGAAGAAUAUAAUAACUAUUGCAGAAAUCUAAGAAAUGGAUGUGUUGAGAAAUGCCAUCGAUAUAAAAGUUGCAAUCAGCAUAGAGAAAGCUUCCUAUGGACUGAAGAUGCUAAUGUCCAUAUGAAAAUAUCUGGUUUAAAACCAACUGAAAGUCUUGCUAGUAGAAGACCCCUGAUUGGGCAUUUUUCACUAAAUGUGCCCAUCAGCACUCACACUGCACUGAAGCCAGAUAAGUACUUGGAACCUAAAGAGAAGCUCUUAAAAUGUAAUGAAAAUUUUGGAAACUUUGAUAAUUUCCAAUUCAUUGAUAAUCAUGAAAGUACAGAGGCUGGCAAGAAGCCUUGUGAAUAUGAUCAGUGUGAGAAAUCCUGCUCUGGUCUUACUGAAAGAACUCAUCUUAGAGACAAGACCUUUGUAUGUCAGAAAAAUUUGAAUGCCUCUAGCAAACACAGUGAUUUUCAGAUCUACCAGACAAAUCAAAAUCGGGGUAUACCCUCUGAACACAAGCAAUGUGGGAAUGCUUUCAGCACACAUAGUAUUUUUCAAAGACAAGAAAGUAUUCAGAUGAAGGAGAAAGAAUAUGUAUGUCAGCAAUGUGGUAAAGGUUUUAGCAGAAAGAGUGAUUGUCAAAUACAUAAAAGAAUUCACACUGGUGAGAAACUUUAUGUAUGUAAGCUAUGUGGGAAAGCUUUUACAACACAGAAGUAUUGUAAAAGACAUGAAAGAAAUCACACUGCAGAGAAACCUUAUGUAUGUAAGCAGUGUGGCAAAGCUUUCAGGAAUCGUUCUGAUUGUACAAAUCAUGAAAAUCUUCACACUGGAGAGAAACCCUAUGUAUGUAAGCAAUGUGGGAAAGGUUUCAGCAAAAACAGUCACUAUCAAAGACAUGAAAGAAUUCACACUGAUGAGAAACCAUAUGUAUGUAUGCAAUGUGGGAAAGCUUUCAGGACAAGUUAUGGUAUUCAUGAACAUCAGUAUCUUCACACUGGAGAAAAACCAUAUGUAUGUAAGCAAUGUGGGAAAGGUUUCAGCUCACGGAAUAAUUGUAAAAUACAUGAAAGGAUUCACACUGGGGAGAAAGCCUAUCUGUGUACGCAAUGUGGGAAAGGUUUCAGCUCAAAGAGUUAUUGUAAAAAACAUGAAAGGAUCCACAGUGGAGAGAAACCGUAUGUAUGUCAGCAAUGUGGGAAAAGUUUCAACUCUCAGAGUCAUUGUAAAAUACAUGAAAGUAUUCACAAUGGAGAGAAACCCUAUGUAUGUAAGCAAUGUGGGAAAGGUUUCAGAUCAAAGAGUUAUUGUACAAUACAUGAAAGGAUUCACAGUGGAGAGAAACCUUAUGUAUGUAAGCAAUGUGGAAAAGCUUUCAGCAUAAAGAGUCACUAUCAAAGACAUGAAAGAAUUCACACUGGUGAGAAACCAUAUGUAUGUAAGCAAUGUGGGAAAGGUUUCAGUUCUCAGAGUCUUUGUAAAAUACAUGAAAGGAUUCAUACUGGAGAGAAACCCUAUCUAUGUAAGCAGUGUGGGAAAGGUUUCAGAUCAAAGAGUUGUUGUAAAAUUCAUGAAAAGAUUCAUACUGGAGAGAAACCCUAUGUAUGUAAGCAAUGUGGGAAAGGUUUCAGCAGAAGUAGUCACUAUCAAAGUCAUAAAAGAAUUCAUACUAGUGAGAAACCAUAUUUAUGUAUGCAUUGUGGUAAAGCUUUCAGGACAAGUUAUGGUAUUCAUGAACAUCAGCAUCUCCACACUGGGAACAAACCAUAUUUAUGUAAUCAAUGUGGGAAAGGUUUCACCCGAAAAAGUGAUUUUCAAAUACAUGAAAGAAUUCACACUGGUGAGAAACCUUAUGCAUGUAAGCAAUGUGGGAAAGCUUUUAGCACGCAGAGUUGUUGUAAAAUUCAUGAAAGGAUUCACAAUGGAGAGAAACCUUAUAUAUGUAAGCAAUGUGGGAAAGGUUUCAGCUCAAAGAGUUACUGUAAAAUACAUGAAAAGAUACACAGUGCAGAGAAACCCUAUAUAUGUAAGCAAUGUGGGAAAGGUUUCAGCAGGAACAGUCACUAUCAAAGACAUGAAAGAAUUCACACAGGUGAGAAACCAUAUGUAUGUGAGCAAUGUGGGAAAGGUUUCAGAUCAAAGAAUUGUUGUAAAAUACAUGAAAGAAUCCACACUGGAGAAAAACCCUAUGUCUGUAAGGAAUGUGGGAAAGGUUUCAGCUCCAAGGGUUAUUGUAGAAUACAUGAAAGGACUCACACUGGAGAGAAACCCUAUGUAAGCAAUGUGGGAAAGUUUUCAGCAUAAACAGUCACUAUCAAAGACAUGAAAGAAUUCAAACUAAUGAGAAACCAUAUGUAUCUAAGCAAUGUGAGAAAGGUUUCAGCUCACAGAGUCAUUGUAAAAUACUUGAAGGUAUUCACCCUGAUGAGAAAGCAUGUGUGUAUGCAAUGUGGGAAACUUUUCAGGACAAGUGAUGGUAUUCAAAAACAUAAGUAUCUUCACACUGGGGAAAUACCAUGUGUAUGUAAGCCAUGUGGAAGAGAUUUCACCAGAAACUGUGAUUGUCAAAUACAUGAAAGAAUUCAUACUGAUGAGAAACCAUAUGUAUGUAAGCAAUGUGGAAGAAGUUUCAGCAGAAACAGUAACUAUCAAGGACAUCAAAGAAUUCACACAGGUGAAAAACCAUAUGUAAGUAUGCCAUGAGGGAAAUCUUUCAGGAGAAGUAAUGAUAUUCGUGAACAUAAACAUCUUCACACUGGGGAAAAAGCAUAUGUAUGUAAGCAAUGUGGAAAAGGUUUCACCAGAAAGUCUUUAUCAGAUAAAUAGAACUCACACUGGUUAGAAACCUUAUAUAUGUAAGCAGUGUGGUAAAACUGAGUGCACACAGUACUUGUUGAAGACCAGAAAGAAUUCACUUGGAGGAGAAAUCCACACUAUGCAUAUACUCUUUCAUCAGAAACAGUAAUUGUCAUGUAUAUCAAAGAACUCACACAGGAGACAAACACUAUGUAUGUAAACAAUGUGAGAAAGGUUUCAGCAGAUCCAGCAGGUAUAAAACACAGGAAAGCAUUCACACGGGCAAGAAACCUUAUACAUGUAAGCCGUGUGGCCAAGUUUUAGAUGAGAUCAUCAGUGUCAAAGACAUGGGAAAAAAGUUCCAGUAAAGAUGGCUUAUAGAUAAUAGCAGCCUACAGAGGCUCCCUGAGAUAGUCAACUUAGAUUCCAAAAUAAUAUAGCACGAGGAGUCCGGAACAGAGGGAGAUGGAUCAUCUCAACCCAGGAAUAAAUUAAGGUGACAGGAACCAAUCAAACAUACAAUCCUGGUUCUACUAUUGGAACAGUUGAAGAUUGUGCCCUUCUGCUGCAGUGGCCAAACUCACAUGGCCAUGACUUACUGAGCUGUCCAAAUUCCCACUGCUUCAACUCAGGAAAUGCAGUCACCCUGAGGUCAGGGUUCAGAGAGCUGAGCUGGUGGGGAACCUGCAUCUACCUGUGUUGAUUGCCAAGAAUAAAACCAAACCACAAAAAAAGGGGCUCAAAUGAAUGACAUUCUGGGGCCGGGCAGACUGGCAAGAACAAGGAGCAGUGGUGACUUAAUUCAGCUGCUCAAUGCCCAGACAAGGUUGGUGGCAUGUGCUUGACUUGGGUCAUACCUCUAGCUGAGAUCAAAUAAGCUAUGCAAAACAAAUUGCACACACUAACACAGUGAAGGCCUCAGCAGGUUGACUGAGCCGGAGGGGAGGUGAUACACACUAAUGCACUGAAGGUCUCAGCAGGUUGACUGACCUGGAGGAGAGGGACCAGCAUAGGUGCUUUAGAAGAACUGUAACCAUCAAAGAAAGAAACUGAAGCCUGUACAUACUUGUAUAGAAGAAAUGAAAAAUAGAAGAGGAAGUAACAAGAAAAAUUCCCCAGCCCCCAAUCUUGAGAACAUUGAUCUAGGAAAGUUAAAUACAAAGGAGAUUGAGGACAGGAGACAUGCAAUAUGAGACACAGCACCAGCGGGCAUAAAGAGACAUCUUUGGGACCUCAUAGAUGAACUCAAAAGUGAAAUAUUUAACCAAGUAAAGCAAGAUAUAAAUUAAUAAAAGAAAUGCUAAGCACCUCAAGAACACACAGAUGGAAACAUGGAGGAACAUUUAAAAAGGGGAGAACUUUUGAUGAAAAAUACAAAGAAAACACAAUACAUGAAGCAGGUUCAAAGAGAUUACCAGGAAAUUGAAAACUCCAUUGAAAGCUGGCAAAAUUGCUUGAAAGAAACUAAGGGAGAUUUUCCAAAUGGGGGACAGGUUUGCCUUGUGGGAUCAUGAAAGACAAAAUUUCUUUAAAAUAUCAAGAAAAUAAUUAGUAACAAUACAAAGGCUAGAAGAUGACAAAAGGAUCUAUAACUUGAGAAUAAAGAAUGUGAAUGAAGAAGCAGGGGUACAAACAAAGGAACUACAAAGGCUAUUCACAGAAGUAAUUAAGGAAAACUUCCCAAGCAUUGGAAAAGGAAGUAUUCAGAUGUAUGAGGGAUACAGAGAUCUAGCCCCCUACAACCAACACAAAGCUACACCCAGGCAUAUAAUAAGAUUCCAGAAAUCCAAUAUAAGAAGAGAAUAAAACUGCUAGAGAAAUGAAACGUUAAGGGAAAGCCCGUAGAAAUCAUUGCAGACUUCUCAACACAGCAUCAAACCAAGAAGAGCUUGGAGCAAAGUAUUUCAAGCCCUGAGAGAAAAUAACCUUCAGCCCAGACUGAUGUACCCUGCAAAAUUGUCUCUAGUAAUUAAUGAAGAAACAAAAUGCAUCCAAGACAAAGAGAAACUGGGGGAAAUUCACAACCACCAAUCCAACUCUACAGAGAAUACUGCAGGACAUCCUAAAGACAAAGAAAAGUACCAGAAUUCCAGGAACAGUGGCCUCAAUUCCAGGAGAGGCCUCAAUGAAUGCAGCAGAAAGUGAAGUGAAGAAGACAAACAGGCAACUAAUGAUAGAAAAAGAGCACUACAGAAAUGAGGCAGAGAAGGUUGGCUAUAAUCUAAUGUAGAUAGCCUUGAUACACUAAAUUUAAAAAAAGACUAUCACAGACAGCGUAGAUCAGGAGGUAGGGUCCACCAAGAUGCUGUUAAUAGGAAAUAUAUUUAACCUAUAAAGGGUAUAUGGAUAGAAAAUCAAAUAUGAGUAAACAGUGCUCUAUGACCGGGAACCAGAGAGUAAUAGGGGCAAUUAGACCAGUAUUUGUGGUUAGGUUGAAAAAAAGGCUUUAAUAAGUAAAGCAAUACAACCAGAGAUCAAGUUCAGGAGGGAGAAGGUUCAGAACCACUUAGAUAAAUAGCAGGUUACACCUCCAAUUUAAAACCAAGGGUCUAGGUGAGACCCAAAAAUGCACAAUACACCCUGAGGAAGUGAAAGCUGAGGAAUAGUCUUUAAAAAGAUGGUAAUAGUGUAUCAGGCAUUAUGCCCAUAUUACUCGCAUGGCUCUGCUUAGAUAGAACUUAUUAGGUCCCAGUUUGUCUACAAGUAGUAGAUCUGAUGGCACAGGCAGCUUUCCCAGAAAUAUCAGGCUAAGCACAGUAAUCAUCUUGAACUUCCUAUCAUGACUGAUCUUAGUUAAAUCUGGUUUGUUGGAUUGCUGUUUGGUAUUGACAGAUUUUAUUGAAAACUGCUAUGAUUGGUAGUAUCAAGUCAGAGUAUAGACAACUACACUGAAAAUGAUAAGAUUCACUAUGAUACCCAUUUUGGUUGGACUACUACCUGUUUUCGUAGUUUUACAUUAUCUAAAAAGUUGUGUUCCUAUUAAUACUGUUAUGUACUGAUAUAUUUGAUUAUAUUAUACCUGAUGAUAUAGCCAAUUCUAUUGAAGAUAACAAGAGACAACUCAGUAAUCAUGUUAGAACUCUUACAGCAGUUUUAUGUCUUUCAUUUUAUGUGUCUAUAGGAAUAUGUUUUGUUCUGCCCUGCUUUCUUUUGUUUCUCUAAUACAGAAAGGAUAGAAAUACAUGUUAAGUCUCAUGUAUGCAUAGAACCUAUAAACAGUUUACAAGAACUGAUCUUAUGACACAUGAUGAAAUGAGCAAAUACAUUGAAGAAAAAGAGACAGUACAGUACCCAGUGAUGACCCUAGAGUGUCAUGAUGUGUGAAAUCCAGCAGUACUAGUAUUCUUUGUUCAGAGUGAUUUUAGCUGGCUUUAGUUUGUUUAAUCUCAACAUAAAUGAAGAUAUAGAUAACUUUAUGUAUGUUUAAAUGUAUAGGAUUGACAACCAUGUGUUACUAAGUUUAUAUUGGGUAGGUGAACAGAAACUAUUUGCAGUCCCACUGUUUGAAUUCCCACUUAUAUGCUCCACUUUUUUUUAUCUUGAACAAUUACUUGUAAGAUUACAAUAUGUAAACAUCAACUAGUGAUUUAUUACUGCGUAUUUAUGCUUUGAACGUAUCUAUUAUUUCUACCUAUUUUCUCUUUUAGUUAGUCUUUCUUUAAAUAAAAUUAUUUUUUUUUAAUUUUUUUUAAAAAGUGAAAGGGGAGCAAUUGUCUAAAAAGGGAAGGCAGUGACCAUUGUUUUAUUAUUAAAUCAUUUUAUUAUGAUUUCAAACCCAUAUUGUUUUCAUUGUUUUGUUUAGUUUGGUUUUAUUCUGUCCCAAUCUGUCUUCUUGAAUUAGAUUUGAUGGUAUGGAAGCUAUUCCAAAGAUAGCAGGAUAUAUUAUAGUAGCCAUUUUUUAUUUCCUAUUAACUUGAUGUGGAAGGCCUGUAUUGCUUUCACUGUCUUGUUUUGACUGAUUUUACUCUAUUCUGUUUUGUUUGCUAGUAUCAAGUCUGAGGAUAUAGGCAACUACUUUGAAGACAAUAAGGUUCACUAUGUUAUCCAUUCUGCUUUAGCUAUUAACUUCUAUUGAAGUCCUGUAAUGUCUCCAGUGUUUCAUCUUUAUUGGUUUUGUUCUGUACUGUUUUGUUCCAUUUCAUGAUACCUGAUGAUAUGGGCAAUUCUUUUGAAGAUAGCAAGAGGCAUUAUGCUAACAACCAUUAUUGAUCACAUUGUAUUUUGUUUUCACAUCAUGUACUAUGUCCAUCCUUUUGUUUUGACUGACCCUGUUUUGUUUUGUCACACUUGGUUUUAUUCUCUUAAAAUAAGUAAUAACUGAGGGAGUAAUAAAACCCAAAAUGUGUAAUUGUUAUUAUAAAAAAGAGAGGAAAAGAAAGUGCUCUAAAGCAUAUAACUGCAUGUAUGUUUAAGUGUGUAAGAUAGGUAACCAUAUAAGUUUUUGUUGGAUUGUUGAAAAGAACUGUUUGCAAUUUCACUAUUUGCGCAUCCACUUUGCAUGUUUUAAUUUUGUAACUUGAACAAAUAUUUUUAAGAUGACAAUAUGUAGUCCAUCAACUAGUGAUUUUUUGCUGUUUAUUGUUUUGAAAUUCUGUAUAUUUCUAUCCUUUUUUAAAAAUUUUUUCUCUUUAAGGAGAAAAAAAACAAAGAUAUGGAAAACAUCACACUGCAGAGUAAACAUGUGUGUAUUCAAUGUGGUUAAGCUUUCAGCAGAAACAGUCAUUAUCAAAGAUAUGAAAGGACUCACACUGGAGGAAAACUAUACCUGUGAGCUAUUUGGAAAAGCUUUUGGCACACUUAAUUAUUGUCAAAUACAUUAAAUAAACUACAACAUAAAAACCUAAGGAAUGCAAGCAAUGCAGAAUUGGAUUUAUUCUUCACUAUAUAGACAUUAAGAAAGUCCUUCGGGAGAAGCUCUAUGUCUUAAGCAAUAUGGAAGAGAUUUCAGUAUACACAUGUUGUCAAAUACGUGAUUAUAUGUAUUUUAUGUCAAAUCUAGAAGAUUCACUUGGAAGAAAGAGUGUAUGUAAGCUUAUUUUGAAAACCCUGUGAAGAUGUUUCAUGUAGUGAAGUUUACAGUGUUUUAUGUCAAUGUUUCUUCAAAAAUGUACCAGAGAAAAAGAUUCCAGAUGAAGGUAUCAGAAACUGUACAUUCUGUGGAUUUUUGUUAAGUGACUUAUGUACAUUAUUUAUGUGCAAUGCUUAACAUAAAAAUCUGAGUUGAUAAAAUGACAUGUUUUUAUGUGAGGUCUGAGCAUUGUCCAUCGUGUCUUAAUUAAGCAUGGUUGACUGAGAUUUCUUUUUCACUUUCAAGUACAGUUAGUGUUUGUGCUGCUUUUCUUUUAUCUUAAAUUUCAAGAGGCAUACAUCACUAAUAAUCUUAUCUUGUCAUUUUGUGCUAUUAGAAUUUUGCAUUAUUUUUCUUUUUGUGUGUGUUUUCUAAUUCUGUAUAACAAAAGGUAUGUUUAAUUUGAUGCUAUACUUCAUAUUGAUACAUAUUUUCAAGGACAUGUGAACAUGAAUUUUAUACAGAGUUGAAUUGUUUUCACACAACUUGGGGAUUAGUGAAUUUUGGCUUUCAUAUGAAACGAUCAAUACUCGCUUGUAUACCAACAGCUCUGUACAUUGUGUCAUGUACAUAUGUUGCAAAUCUUUUUGGAAUACUGUCGUUUCUAUAACAUUUUUUUUUUUUUGGUCUUUUUCCUUUUUAUCAGUUCUGGGGAUCGAACUCACGACUGCCUGCUUGCAAGGCAGGCGCUUAUGCCACUGAGCUAAAUCCCCAGCCCCAACAUGUUAUUUUUUGACAUAAAAGUUUUCAUGUUUACAUUGCAAUGUUGUAAUUUGCUUCACUGCCAUUUUUGAACUACAUAUACCAAACAUAAACUAUACUGCUCUGUUUUUCUCAUUGCCAGAAUCCCACUGCUGUAGAAUUCAAAGAGAGAGAUCCAAUUGGAAAAAGAAGUAAUUUUUGGGUUUUAGAUGCACACCAGCUCAGCUUGAUCUUAUGAUGUCCAAAAUGACUGAGUACCAGAACAAAGGAAAGGCACAGUUUUACACAUUUGGUUGAAUGUGAUGGGAGCAAUCAAUGGCAUGGAAAGAAGACAGCUAUUUAUGACAACCUUGAAAGAAGACAGAACUUUAUGAAUCCUUUAAGAAAAAGAUGACAUAAUCUCUGAACAGUACAUAGCUUGCCUCUGUCAGAAAAACAAUUUAUAGCUACAGGGGAUGACAACCAACUUUGAGGGAGAUUUCUCUCUAAGUCCCUCUUCACCACAUGACCAUAACUAGUCUCCUAAAGGAAGUCAUGAUUUACAGUAAUAUCUCAAAAAUAUUCAUAGAAUAAAAAUUAAAUGAUGGAAAACA